GAAGCUCUCAUUAUAUACCCUUCGUUGAGCAAGUGGCUCUCACAUUUCUGGAUACUGAAGAGAGAGUGACUCUCAUAACCUCUCUUCUAUAGCGGCCGUCUUUGACAGUUGUUUAUUGAUAGCAAUUGGCUGUGAACUCUACAGGCUAGUCAAGAUGGUGAAGUUUACAGCCGAAGAGCUCCGUCGCAUCAUGGACUACAAGCAUAACAUUCGUAAUAUGUCCGUCAUUGCCCAUGUUGAUCAUGGGAAGUCAACACUUACCGACUCUCUUGUGGCUGCUGCUGGUAUUAUUGCUCAAGAAGUUGCCGGCGAUGUCCGUAUGACCGACACCCGUCAGGAUGAGGCAGAGCGUGGUAUCACAAUUAAAUCUACCGGUAUCUCGCUAUACUAUGAGAUGUCUGAUGAAGCCCUCAAGAGCUAUAAGGGGGAUAGACAAGGAAAUGAAUAUCUCAUCAAUCUCAUUGAUUCUCCCGGACAUGUUGACUUUUCAUCCGAGGUCACUGCUGCUCUCCGAAUUACUGAUGGUGCCCUGGUUGUGGUGGACUGUAUUGAGGGCGUUUGUGUCCAAACAGAGACUGUGCUUCGCCAGGCUUUGGGUGAAAGGAUUAGGCCUGUCUUGACCGUCAACAAGAUGGACAGGUGCUUCCUUGAGCUGCAGGUCGAUGGCGAGGAGGCUUAUCAAACGGUCAUUGAAAAUGCCAAUGUCAUCAUGGCCACAUAUGAAGAUCCCCUCCUCGGUGAUUGUCAGGUCUACCCUGAGAAAGGAACUGUUGCUUUCUCUGCUGGUUUGCAUGGUUGGGCUUUCACUUUGACAAACUUUGCUAAGAUGUAUGCCUCGAAGUUUGGGGUUGAUGAAUCCAAGAUGAUGGAAAGGCUAUGGGGUGAGAACUUCUUUGAUCCUGCUACUAAGAAGUGGACCACCAAAAAUACAGGUUCUCCAACAUGCAAGCGUGGUUUUGUGCAGUUCUGUUAUGAGCCGAUCAAGCAGAUUAUUAACACUUGCAUGAAUGACCAGAAGGACAAACUGUGGCCGAUGUUGCAAAAGCUUGGGGUAACAAUGAAGUCCGAGGAAAAGGAUUUAAUGGGCAAGGCCUUGAUGAAGCGUGUUAUGCAGACUUGGCUGCCUGCUAGUAAUGCUCUUCUAGAAAUGAUGAUCUUUCACCUUCCCUCUCCUGCCAAGGCCCAGAAGUAUCGUGUUGAGAACUUGUAUGAGGGACCCCUGGAUGAUCCUUAUGCCAAUGCUAUCAGGAAUUGUGAUCCAGAAGGCCCUCUCAUGCUUUAUGUGUCUAAAAUGAUUCCAGCUUCUGAUAAGGGUAGAUUCUUUGCUUUUGGUCGUGUGUUCUCUGGGAAAGUGGCAACUGGUCAAAAGGUUAGGAUCAUGGGUCCAAACUACGUUCCUGGUGAGAAGAAAGACUUGUAUGUGAAGAGUGUUCAGAGAACUGUUAUUUGGAUGGGAAAGAGGCAGGAGACUGUUGAGGAUGUUCCAUGCGGUAACACGGUUGCCAUGGUUGGUUUGGAUCAAUUUAUCACCAAGAAUGCUACUUUGACUAACGAGAAGGAAGUUGAUGCCCAUCCCAUUCGCGCUAUGAAGUUCUCUGUCUCACCAGUUGUGCGUGUUGCUGUUCAAUGUAAAGUUGCCUCUGAUCUCCCCAAACUUGUUGAAGGUCUAAAGCGGUUGGCCAAGUCAGAUCCUAUGUCAGAUCCUAUGGUUGUGGUGUACAUUGAGGAGUCUGCGAGAGCACUUAUUGCUGGUGCUGGAGAACUUCAUUCUGAGAUAUGUUGAAAGAUUUGUCAGGAUGGAUUUCCCAAUUUUGGUGGGAGCUGAGAUUAUAACAUCUUCCCCUGUUGCUCUUUCCGUGAGACUGUCUAGAGUCCUGCCGUGAUUGUGAUGAGCAAGAUCCCCAACAAGCACAACCGUCUUUACAUGGAGGCCAGGCCUAUGGAGGAAGGACUUGCUGAAGCUAUCGAUGAUGGUCGUAUUGGGUCCCGGGAUGAUCCAAAGGCACGCGCAAAGAUUUUAUCGGAGGAAUUUGGUUGGGAUAAGGACCUUGCAAAGAAGAUAUGGUUUUUGGUUCCUGAGGGACACUGGACCAAACAGGUGGUUGAUUAUGUGUAAAGGAGGCAGUACCUGAAUGAAAUUAAGACUCUGUUGUUGCUGGGUUCCAAUGGGCCAUCAAAGGGAUGAGCACCUGGCUGAAGAAACAUGGGAGGUAUCUUGCUUUUUUUGAAGUCUGUUGAUGUGGUGCUCCACAACUGAGCUAUUCAUAGAGGUGGUGGUCAGAUUUUAUUCCAAUGCUAGAGGGUUAUCUACGCAUCACAGCUUACAGCCAAGCCAAGGCUUCUGGAACCUGUUUACUUGGUGGAGAUCCAAGCCCCAGAGCAGGCACUUGGAGGUAUCUACAGUGUUCUUAACCAAAAACGUGGGCAUGUCUUUGAGGAGUUACAGAGGCCUGGUACCCCAUUGUACAACAUCAAGGCAUACCUACCGGUUAUUGAGUCCUUUGGAUUCUCAAGCACUUUGAGGGCUGCCACAUCAGGACAGGCCUUCCCACAAUGUGUGUUUGAUCAUUGGGAGAUGAUGUCUUCUGAUCCAAUGGAGGCUGGUACACAAGCAUCAACUCUCGUGGCGGAGAUUCGCAAGAGAAAGGGUUUGAAGGAGCAGAUGACUCCGCUAUCUGAGUUCGAGGACAAGCUGUAAUCAUUUGUUGAGUGAGUGUGAAGAUGAUACGACAAUGUUUUUGCUGCCUUUUUGUUUUUGUACUCGGUUAUUUAUGUUUAUGAAUGUCAGUUGUAGUAUUUUGGGAUUAAUCCUUUAUGUUUGUUCUAGUAUUAAGGUCUAUAGUGAUGUUGUCUUACUUGGUAUGUUCUGAACUUUUCGAACCAAUUGGCUGAUUAUAAUGCUAUUUUCAUUUCAGAA